AUGAGGUCGUCUGCGCAGUCAAUUGUUGCCCUGGCGGCUUCAAUGCUGCGGGUUUUCCAAGUCCAUCCACCCGUCUUGACACCGGAUACUGUCGCGCAAAGGGCAUUGAUUCAAGAUGAUGGCAGAUCGGCUACACCUCUUGUUUCUGAUCCCCCAGGAUGUGUUGUAACCAAGACUCUCAUGAUUCAUUCCUUCGGAAACAGCUAUGGGCACCCGUUCGUGGGCCUCUACACACCCCCUCAUUGUGAUUUCAACCGAGUGACACUCAACCUCACCGUUACCGCCGCUGGCAAGCAGUUUGACCGACUAGCGAUUGCCUACCUCGGUGACGUUGAGAUCUGGCGGACAAGCACAGCGGAACCAACUCCUGGCGGGAUCAUAUGGACUUAUGUCAAAGAUGUGUCCCAUCUUCAGGCACUGUUCACGCAGCCCCAAACACUGAUAUUUGACCUCGGUAAUCUGAUCAACGAAAAUUAUACCUCCCCAUUCAACGUCACUCUGCAGGCGACCUUCUUCACCUCUGCUGACGCAGAGAAGCGGGCGGAUCUGAUCAUUCCAAUAUUAGCCGAUGGAAGCUCCAGCAACACGUCCAGUCCCUGGAGUCGCCGUCAACGUAGAGUGUCGACUUCUAUGGUACUGCCGCAGAACAUAGAGCGGGCUGUUGUGACCGUCUCUGCAACUGGUCAGAUGGAAGAAGAGUUCUGGUAUUCCAAUGUGCUCUCUUCCAACGUCGAUACUUUUGGAGUCGACUCCCUUCUAGGCUACUCCCCCUUCCGUGAGGUACAGUUGCUAAUUGAUGGAACCUUGGCUGGGGUUGUGUGGCCUUUUCCCAUCAUCUUCACCGGCGGCAUCGUCCGUGGCUUCUGGAGGCCUGUCGUGGGGAUCGAUGCGUUUGACAUCCGCGAAGAUGAAAUUGAUAUCACACCUUGGCUGCCGCUGCUCUGCAAUGGCAAAAGUCAUGACAUAGAGAUUCGAGUCGUUGGAUUGGAUGACGACGGCAAUGGCAGUGGAUUUCUAUCUGAGGAGGUUGGCAGCUAUUGGGUUCUUACAGGAAAGAUAUUUGUCUGGCUAGAUUCCGCAGGGCAUGCAACGUCUGGGAGCCACACUCUGGCUGAUGCAUCCGGAUUCUCUAUGUCUCUGUCAUCUACAGUCGGUACCGCUUCGGAUGGAACCAAUUGCACCCUUUCCUAUACCGUCAAUGUAGAUCGCCAGCUCUAUAUCUCGUCGAAAGUACAGACAUCCCGGGGUUCCAAAGUUGCCACUUGGCAGCAAUAUCUGAGAUAUUCAAAUGAGGGUGAAAUCUCGGAUUUUGGCAAUGUCCAGGUGACCACACAGAACACAUUUGGCAGAGCCGUUUCUUCAGAAGGGUAUUCACGCACCUUUGAUUAUCCCCUCUUCGUGAACAGCACUGUCGCGCAAGAUAAGGGAGCUGACACUCUUUCCAUUUCCGCGGCUUUGGCGAGGGGUCAGACGAUUGAGAUUCGUGGUCGUUCGGUAUUACCAACUGGCUUAGAGUCCUUCAAUGCGCCAUAUUCGGAAGAGGCUCAAAGAUUCAACGGGAGCCGCUUGAUGACGAGUCAGAAUGGAAGCGCCGAGUACUUUAGUUACGGCAACACCUCAAUCAGCCCAGGCGCCACGCAGCAGGAGUUGUCUCUGUUCGGGAUUCAGGAUUCGGGUCUCGAAACUGGUUCGGCACGCCUGGUAGAAUUGUAUCGCAGACAUGUCCUCGCCGUCAAUGACACGCUUGUUCAGGAUGAAGUCUCCUUUUCUGACCUGGACCAAACCCCGAAGCCAGGCCACAGCGCUUGA